AUGCUAGAUGCCGACCUGUACCACAACCAUGAAACAAAGAAAUGCUUCAUUGACAAGGCGUCAAACCUCGAAAUGGCCCAGAUGCAGAAGCAGUCCUCUCGAGCGAGGACGAGGCCCAUUCUCCCACGAGGGCCAAGGGCGAGCGCUCGCAAUGCCGCUCGAAAGGCGGCGGAGGAGGAGAGAUUGGAAGCAAGAAAGGGGGUUAAACAGGAGUUCGUGGAGGAUGUGAGCGGAGAGGAAGAUCCCUCCGAUAUCCUGCAAGACCCUGGGCAGAUAAGCUCCAUCAAUACCACUGACCGUGAUAUUAUGCAUGGGCUCCAAUAA